UACCGCCCCCCUCUGGAUUGCAUCAUCCAUUACAGGCAGUUGCCUGGUCUCGCUUCUCGUUACCACGGUGACCCAGAGUCGAUACUUACGAAUAAGAACGCCACACACACACAAAUAGGCAACAAAUAAACAGACGACAACGAGCUCCAAAGAAGAAGCAGCUGGAACAAAGUGGGGUUAAUAAAAGCAGCCUUUUGAGAUGGAGAAACGUGACGAGUUCGAGAGUUUUUUGAAGAAUGUUGACGAAAUAAGUGGACUGGUGAAGGAUUUGAACUCCUCUGAUGUUGAAAUCAGGCAAAAAGCAAUGGAGGAAGCUGAUUGCUACAUUGCUGCCUUGGAUAAACCCAGCAGAACACAAGUUAACAAGACUACAAUCAACACACGGCCACCACCCCAGCCUUCUCCUAGUCCACAGAGUGAAUGUCCAGCGAGUUUCAUGAAAAUGAUAGAGAAUGAUGCUGAAGACAGGAAACUACGGCGGGUAGCUAAAGAAAAAAAGGCACUCGCUCUCAAAGGCAAGGGGAAUGAAGCUUACGCCCAAGAGGACUACGAAACGGCGGUGAAGUAUUACAGCGACGGCAUGGCUGAAUUGCGGGACAUGCUGCAACUGUACACCAACAGAGCACAGGCCUACAUCAAGCUAAGGAAGUACAAGGAGGCCAUCGGUGACUGUGAGCGGGCCCUGAAGUGCAAUGAGAGGUGCACAAAGGCUUACUUGCACAUGGGCAAAGCACAUCUGGAACUGAGGGAAUAUAAUGAGUCAAGACAUUGCUUUGAAAAGAUAGUGGAAAUUGAACCUGGAAGAGAGAAAAUGAUGAAAGAAUACCUGACCCGGGUAGAUUUGGAGGAGAAGAGAGAGACUCAGGAGAUGAAUGCAAAGCAAGAGUUUGACAAGGGAGAGGGGAAGGGCACAGCAGUGCCUCAACUGCUCGAGAAGCUGUCAAGGCCUGGUCAGAUCCCUCUGUUUUACUGUGGAGGAUUACAGAUUCUGCUGGAAACAGUUAUUGACUGUACAGGGCAGACCCUCUUCAGACUGAACAAUGGCUUUACUAUCAUCAGCAGCAAUGACACAGUGAGGAGUUGCCUGUUGAAGAAAACAAAGGACAUAAACAGCCAACAGUUAUGUGUCUCUGUUCUGAAAUUAUGGAGGAAUAUCUGUCAUGGAAAUGGUGAAAACCAGAAGAUGUUACUGAGGUGCCCAGUUGCCAGACAGGCCGUUGUUCAUUUGGUUGCAUCAGAGCAAGUUGCAGUACGGAAAGAAUGUUUAGCAUUACUCGGCGUAUACUCACAGAUGCCACACGGGAGAUGUUUGGCCUUUGAAAGUCUAAAUGUGCGCAGGUUAGCGAGGAACCUCAUGGUGUGCAUCUCAAGGCCAAAGCAACGGGAAGAGAACACAGCAGUCAACAUUCUGGAGAGCUUUGCAGCAGAAAACAAAUUUCGCCUUCAGUUAAGGGAUGUGUUGACCGACUCCAUCACUGAGCCUUUUACAUCCAUGCUGAGAAAUAUCAACAAGUCCAAUCAUCACGUUCUCCCAUCACUGAUUUCGGCCAUUGGCUGUUUGGCUCAAGACGACAUCAUCCGUCACAAACUUGCUCACGAUUCCAAUUAUUGGGAGACUCUUCUGUUUGCCAUUAGACAGUGCAGUGCAUAUGAAUCCAAAGACAUUCUCUACCCCAUGCUUGGAUUAAUCAUCAACCUUUCAACUGUGACUUCCCCAGUCAUCCAGGAGCAUGCUGUUUCACUCUGCGACUGCUGUCAAGGCCUGUUGAGAGACAGUGACGGAGGAGUCAAAAGUAGAGCCACAGGUGUUUUGAGCACUGUCCUCCCUCAGUCCUCUGAAGCUGUUCAGCAUGUUAUUCAGGGGGAUGUGGUUCGGACCAUGUGCCAGCUGCUGAAGGGACCAGGGCAGACUGCAACUAAAUAUGCCAUUAAGACUCUGACAGUGUGCACCGCUGCCAGUCAUUUGGCUCGGGAGGAGCUGGUGAAGUCUGAUAAAAAACUCUCUACUUUGAGUCAUUUGCUGCGUUCGAGUUCUGACGAACUGGUGUCAGGAAAUGCCGCACUCUGCUUGGCCCACUGCCUUGAAUUGGAGGGAAUUGCCAGCAGACUGCUUAACACAGAUAUUGUGCUGCUGCUGCUACGCCUCUGUGCAGGGGAUGCAACGAAGACAGCUGUGCAAAAAAACGCUGCGAUUGCUCUGGGGAAGCUGUGUCAAUCUGAGCCCAGACACUUGAACAAACUUCGAGAACUACACGGCUUUGAGGUUUUGCACUCGUGUAUGAAGCUCAUCACAUGAACCAUCGACGGGGUAAAGCAACAUACAACCAAAAAAACAACAGCAACACAUCUGCUAUAAUUCUUUUCUUCAGUUUUCAAUCAUACAUAUUUAAACACAGUUAGAUUAUAUCUCUUUGUCUGGAGAGAGCUAAGCCUGUAAUGGGAAUAAUCAAAUAUUUAUUUAAUGUGUCUAAUCAACUUAUCUACAUAAACAAGGUCAAAUAUUAGCAAUGUUAUUGUUUGCCCUUGUUUUUUACGCCCACGUGAAUUCAUAUCAUUAAUUACCAUAAAUACAGUCGCUUGAAAUUCAUUGCAAGCACCAUCUUAAUGUGUUUAGAAGCAUUUUAUAAUAUAAAUCCCGAAAAUCUGAAUCACUAAGACAACUCAAGAGGUUACUUUUAAAGUGAUAUGUAACUGUGGGAUUUUAUAACACUGAUAUUGAUCCAGCCGAGUUGUUUACAGUCUAACUCAUAAAAGUGUUUACUGAUGUAACUGUUGGUGUGUAAAGCGUUGACCUUAUUUCAAGUAAAACUAAAUCUUUUUUACAAGAUGGUAGU